GCACCGCCCCUCUCCCUCAGUCCGCAUUUGGUUCUGCAAAAGGAAUUGACGGGUGCUGUUUGGAAAAUCGGUCUGUCUUUAAGGAUUACUGAAGCCAAAAAACGAGACUUCUUGAAGACGAAAAGGUUGCUUUAUUAUUCCUAGCACUGUCUGAGACAACUUCGCAUGCUCUCCAUUGGUAGCCUAGUUAUGUAUCCUUAUCCUGGCGUUGAAAUAAGGAAAUGGAGAACUCAGUUGAUGUCUUCCCUAGUCGAUUAAACAAGGUGGACAUUACAUGGGAAGGACAUAUAGUCGUUAUUCACUAAUCAUCAUAACUGCAGUGCCCGUGCGUCAUCGAAGACACGUUUCUGGUGGUUAUGGCAGCAAACACUCUGGAAUGAAGUGUGAAAAAUAACAUUCCAGGCGCAGAUAAAAAGGAAAAAUCUACGUUUUGAGGGCGAAGAGGAAGGUGUUCUGUGUUGCAACAGGCAUUAAUUUACAGCAGUCAGAGAUGAAGGAAAAGUCCAAGAAUGCGGCGAAGACGAGACGAGAGAAAGAAAAUGGAGAAUUUUAUGAACUGGCGAAAUUACUGCCUUUACCUUCAGCGAUCACCUCACAACUGGAUAAGGCUUCAAUAAUUCGGCUGACAACCAGUUAUUUGAAGAUGAGAGCCGUGUUUCCGGAUGGGCUGGGGGAGGCCUGGGGCCAGCCUACCAGAAUCAGCCCUCUGGACAACAUGGCAAAAGAACUGGGAUCCCAUCUACUGCAGACUCUGGACGGCUUCGUAUUCGUUGUCGCUUCAGACGGCAAAAUCAUGUACAUCUCUGAGACUGCAUCAGUCCACCUCGGCCUAUCCCAGGUGGAGCUGACGGGCAACAGUAUAUUUGAGUACAUCCACCAAUCAGACCAUGAUGAGAUGACGGCCGUGCUCAGCGCCCAUCAGCCCCUCCACCAUCACUUCCUGCAAGAGUACGAAAUUGAGCGCUCUUUUUUCCUGAGGAUGAAGUGUGUAUUGGCCAAGCGUAAUGCAGGACUGACGUGUGGAGGAUAUAAGGUGAUCCACUGCAGUGGGUAUUUGAAGAUCCGUCAGUACGUGAUGGACAUGGCGCUGUUUGACUCGUGUUAUCAGAUCGUGGGUCUGGUGGCGGUGGGCCACUCCCUGCCUCCCAGUGGUAUCACAGAGAUCAAGCUCCAUAGUAACAUGUUCAUGUUCAGGGCCAGCCUGGACCUCAAGCUCAUCUUCCUGGACUCUAGGGUGGCUGAGUUGACGGGACACGAACCCCAGGACCUGAUCGAGAAGACACUAUACCACCACGUGCACGGCUGUGACGCUUUCCAUCUACGCUUCGCUCACCACCUCUUGUUGGUGAAAGGGCAGGUCACCACUAAGUACUACCGUAUGUUGUCCAAGCACGGGGGCUGGGUGUGGGUGCAGAGCUACGCCACCAUCGUCCACAACAGCCGCUCCUCCAGACCCCACUGCAUCGUCAGCGUCAACUAUGUCCUCACGGACGUAGAGUAUAAAGAUAUGCAGCUGUCUCAGGAGCAGAGUCGAGCGGCCAAAUCCAGCUUGGUCUUUAAGAGUGGCCCGGCCUCCUCUCAGGACCCCCGCAAACAACAUAAGGCCAAAGCAGUCAAGAUCAAGAGCAAACUCAAAACAGCCCCCUACCCUCAGCCCAACAUCACCUACCAUCCAGACAAGCUGGACUGCUCCCCCCAAGGAGAGGCCUGGAAGGAGAGCCCCCCGUACACUCUGACCCCCUGCCAGGGGCAGAGCUCUGGCCCCUCUGGAGGCCCAGAAGCUGAAGAGGUCCUGUUUAGCAUCAGCGCCCCGUAUGGCCUCUCCUUCCCCAACCCAUAUGGACACCUACCCCACACGGACUCCCAGAGGAGGGUGCGACCCACCCAGGGUUCCUCUUCCGCCUCGCCCUCCCCGGCUUCCCCCAGCCUGGCCGCACGGCAGCUGCUCAGCUCCCUGCAGGAUCGAGGGGGCGAGGAGCGCUGGAGCUGUGCCAAUGCCAAAACCCAUCCUGGUCACGCCCCGAGGCCCUCUGUUGCAUCGUGUGCCAUCACCACUGCCACUGCAGCAGCGUAUUCCGGCCCUACAGCGAGCAGGGGGUACUCCCCCAGCGAACCCCUCCAUGGCGUCCUCUCCAGCUGCGCGACCCUGCGCCCUAUCAGCAGGUACAAGGAAGAGCCCUACGAGCAUCACACACUUGGCCAGAGGAAGACCACAGAGGACCGCCUGCCCUCCCAGUCACAGGCCACAAAAGAGGACAGCAAGCUGCCGUUCAACCGAGACCACCUCCACAAGGUCUCAGAGGGUGGUUGCAUAGUAGGGGAGAAGCCUUUGUCCUGUCCUCUGCUGAGUAGCUCUGUGCUGGAGAAGGCGAGCUAUAAGCAGUCCGGGUCUCUCCACGGCCUGGGCCAGCCCUUCCCCAUGCAGGUGGUGCUGGAGCAGCACAGGAGGCUGUGUAUGAUGGAGUCCCCCUACAGCCACAGUGCCACUGGCCCCUUGGAGCACACGGACAGCAAUUGGGAGCGGAGGACCCCCAAGCUGCUGGAGCCUGAGGCGGGGGAGAGGAGGAUGUGGAUGGGGGUUGGAGUUGAAGUUGGGGUUGGGAUGGGGGUGGGAGUUGAAGUUGGAGUUGGGAUGGGGGUGGGAGUUGGGGCAGGCCUGCCGGCCCAGGCUCCGUACAUGUCUUUGAAUCUCCACCACGUCUUGGCCAAACACAGCUCCUUCCAGGCCCCGCCCUACGCUGCCCUCGGCCAUUUGUCGGACAGCUACGGUUACCGUGGUGAUGAAAUGGGUUCUUAUGGCUACAAGAGCCAAAGCCCCGCCUCUGGCUCCUCCCCUGAGACCCACAGGGAGAUCCCUCAUUACAUCGGCACGUCCGUCAUCAUCACCAACGAGAGGUGACACGGCCUGGGAUUGAAGGUCAAGAAGGGACAGACACCCUUAGACUUCAGCCUUUUUGGUCAGAAACAGACCAUGACCAAAAGCUGUAUCAGUGACUAUGUUACUGCGUCAGACAUAAGUCGAGUCACUUUCUGGGGACCCCCAUUUCUGUUUUUCCCGAUGCUUUCUACACAGAUAAACCAACGUCAGACUCCUGUAAGGAGCAGCCAGGAAUUUCAGGUUUCUUGAAUACAUUAUAUUUUUGGCAUACAGUUUAGCCAAUAGCAUAUGUAAUGCAUUGCCACAUUCUAGAUCAAAGCCAUUUCUUUUGAUAAGUCCUCAAUCACCUUUGAGCCAUACAGUACAUCAUUUGAGGUACAAAUUGCCUGUGAAGAAUACACCCCUCUAAUGUUGUAACUCAUAGAGGUACCUAUCCUACAGACCUGAACAAGAAGAGACUAUAGAAUGUAGCAUGAGUUCAACCCAAUUCGCAAGCUAGUUCAAGUGCAAACUGUUUCCAAUGCGCGUAUAAAUUAUGCCAACAGAAAAAUUACAGUUGCAAAAGUAUUGAACGUGGACAAUGUCUCGCACACAGUAAUGAGGGAAAAUAUCCUUCAUCCUCUUUUGAAGUUGGAAUUAAUUUGGUAUAUUCUACCCAUGGCAGAGAUUGGAAACGUAAUGUGUUUAUUUAUUAUUGUGCAACACAAAGCAGCUUGCUUAUUUAUGAAGGAAACUAGGGUCUAACAAGUAUAAUGAAAAAAAUAUAUACUGCAUUGGGGGAAAUGAAAUGAAAUAAAACAAGGUAGUUUGCUUUCAUUCUGAAUAAACAAUUCAAAUGAAA